GUCAACUGUCGCCGUUCGCGAGUCGCCAGUCCGCUCAACUGAUAAUUUACGAAGAAAACGGUUACGGGGAGUCGAAGGUUCCACGGAAUCAGCGGGACACUGGAAUUUGCAACCAUCUAUUAGGUUCUAUACAUACACAGCAAAUCACAAAUCAUGUUCGUCGUGGCCUUGACGAUGGCCAUCUUGCUUUUGGCCGGACAGCAGGAGGUCUGUCGUGCCCAGGUCUCCAUCCACACGGAUGCCAACUCGAACUCGUACAGCCUGAAGACUCCCGGACUGCAGCAGACCUUCACCAGGUUCUACGGCGGAGCAGCCAAGGCAACUCAGCCGGAGAGCCAGCAGGUGGAGCAACCGCAGCCACAGGAGCCGCAGCAGUUGUCGGCUCCCCCUCGAUUCGGAGCAUUCCCUCCACCUGGACAGCGGUAUCCCAGCGUUUACACAGCCGCGAAUCCCUCUCUUCUGCAGCAGCAGCAGCAACAACAACUCCUGACGCAGCAGCAGAAGCAGCAGCAACAGUUGCAGUUGCAGCAACAGCAAUUCCUUGGCGCCACUUCUCCACAGGCAGCGGGUUACUCGGUGCCCAGCUACGCGGACCAGAUGCAGGCGGCAGUCCUCGACUACCAUCGCACCAGGCAGCUCCUGGAGAGCCAGCAGCAGAUGCUCCAGCAGCUCUACCACGCCCACCCAGAUGUAUCCGCCGCCCAGAUUCCGAACCUUCCCCCGCCGCCCGCCGAUGGAGCACACUUCGCCUACCGAGCGCAGCCCCAAUUCAACGGAGGAGUUCCGGGAUCUGUGAAUGGAGCAGGAUCUGUAAAUGGAGCAGGAGCUGGAACUGGAGCUUUGAGGAACGGGCCUGGUGGCGACUUCUACUCCACGCAGCAGCACAUGGGCUUCCUGCAGCAGCAGCAGCAGGACGUGCUCCGCGACCAGCAGCAGUCGGUGGCCCAGCAGUUCGCCACCAGCCAGUUGGCUCCGACCACCCGACAGAGUUUCGGGAUGGCGGUGCCCAUGUCCUCCGUUCUGGGGUCUCCCUCCUACCAGCAGUCCUCGGAUGUCUCCCACGUGAGCUUCUCCAGCGGCAACCUCAACUAUCGCUUCUAGGCGAAGGGGAGUGCCUAAACAGAGAGGAGGCGGAGAAAGAUAAGAAGUUGGAGGAGCUGAAGUUGUAGCCCCAAACACUGGACUUUCUAGAUUUAGUAUUUUUCGUAAAUUUUCGAGUGUAUAAGUAUUUUUUUUUUUUCAUUUUUUUUGCGUAAAUUUGCGUGGUAUUUGAUAAGAGGAAAAGCAAGCAAAUAUAAUUCUUGUAAGUGAUGAUAAA